CCGAGUACACACACACACACACACACACACACACACGAGCUCUCUUCAGUCUCACGCUCCUCUAGUGCUCUACAGACCUUCAUUACUCCAGUCUGUCGAUGUGAGACGCGGAUGACAAAGUUGAAAUCGCAGGUGUACGAAGCGAACCGUCCAUUUGCAGCCGUUAUAAAGAAGAAGGAGGAUUAUAUCGCGUGCCAUUCUGUGAUGGCUUUAUAAUGCUGUACGUGAGAUCUCCGGGAACAAUCGUGAACAGAAUGCAUAGACACACGGCAAGAGCAUCCUUCCUCGUCCUCUUCCUCAUCAUCACCCUGAUGUGGCCCAUACAUUCUGAGAACUGUGUCAUCAAGCGCGAGGAGGAGAGAUGCUUGGAGCGAAUCGCUCUACAUGACCGCAAAGAUGACGAAAACUUUGAGUGUCCAUGGGAGUGGGACAACCUGACCUGCUGGCAGCCGGCCGAUGUCGGUGAGGUCGUGGAGGUCAACUGUCCCGAGCUCUUUGAUUUCAUGAGUCCAGAUGAGGGGCUUGGCAAGAUCAGCAGAAACUGUACGGAGUUCGGUUGGUCUGAACCGUUUCCACACUAUGUUGAUGCCUGUAUGAUAGGUUACAACUCAACCAACCCUGACAUGUACUACGCAUCUGUGAAGGCUCUCUAUACGGUGGGCUACAGCACGUCUCUAGUGUCUCUGACCACAGCUAUGGUCAUUCUGUGCCGGUUCAGGAAGCUUCACUGCACCAGGAACUUCAUCCACAUGAACCUGUUUGUGUCCUUCAUGCUGAGAGCCAUCUCUGUGUUUAUUAAGGAUGGGGUUUUGUACGCACAGGAGGACAGUGACCACUGCUUUGUUCAUACUGUGGGGUGUAAGGCAGUCAUGGUGUUCUUCCAUUACUGUGUGAUGUCAAACUACUUCUGGCUCUUCAUCGAAGGUCUCUAUCUCUUCACACUGCUGGUGGAAACCUUCUUCCCUGAGAGACGCUACUUCUACUGGUACACCAUCAUCGGCUGGGGAACGCCCACCAUUUGUGUGACCAUAUGGGCUGUUCUGCGUCUUCAUUUUGAUGAUUCUGGUUGCUGGGACACGAAUGAUAAUACUGCCCUCUGGUGGGUGAUCAAGGGACCUGUUGUGGCAUCAAUCAUGAUUAAUUUUGUCCUCUUCAUUGGAAUCAUCAUAAUCCUGGUGCAGAAGCUGCAGUCUCCAGACAUCGGCGGGAACGAGUCCAGCAUCUACCUCAGCUGUGCACAGAAAUGCUUCAGUGAGCCCACACAGGCCGCCCAGCAUUCGUGCAGGAUGUCAGAGCUUUCUACCAUCACGCUACGGCUGGCACGGUCCACCCUGCUCCUCAUCCCUCUGUUUGGAAUCCACUACACGGUGUUUGCCUUCUCCCCGGAGGAAUUCAGCAGGCGGGAGCGACUGGUCUUUGAGCUGGGCCUGGGAUCCUUCCAGGGCUUCGUGGUGGCCGUGCUGUACUGCUUUCUGAAUGGAGAGUUUCUCCCUAAAGGUGCAGUCGGAGAUAAAGAGGAAAUGGAGGAGUUGGACGGUGAACAGGUACUUUGCUGUGGACCUGAAGCAGCAGCGUCACCCUUCGCUAGCAAGCAGUGGGGUGAACGGGGGGACGCAGUUGUCCAUCCUCAGCAAGAGCAGCUCACAGAUACGCAUGUCCAGCCCACUGGCCGAGACGGUCAACCUCAACCUGCCCACCUGAGCGUCUGAUUGGCCCACGUCCCUAAAGCCCCGCCCUCAACUCACCCUCUUCACCUGCAGUAGGGCCGGCCAUUCACAAUGAGAGAAGAACUAUUAAUAUUAUUCAUCAAUCCUCUGGAUAGUAUUUAAAGAUUCCGAACAAGAUCCUGAACGCAUCACCCAUUAUCGGUUAGAAAAGAUUCGUCCAGGGAUAUAUUUAUAGUGCCAAAACUGUUUUGAGCUAAUGCUAACAAAAGUUGCAGUUCAGGUUAGAAAGCUUUUUGACCAUAAUCCAACUUUUUGAAGGCUUUCUAAUUAAUCUAAUAAGAAAACAACAAUAUGAGCAUAAAAGAAUGUCAUUUUAUCGCAAGAGUUGUACGUUCUUUCUCAGUCAAUAAUAAUGCAGAGCAGGGGGCUUGUACGCUUCACACCGCUGCCCUAAACGCCAAAAUGAGAUCGCAGCAGAAAUUCGAGUGAAUUUUCAUAUCGCAUUAUGAGCCAUAGAGAAUGUGAAUCGUUUGUGGUUAGAAUGUAGUCCGAGAAACGUUCAUACAUUCAUUUUUUGUCAAACCAAUAGCACAUUGCUUUCUAGUUAUGAACAUUAGUUUGUAAUCGGAGACAGACGGACGGGUUACAAUUCAGUGUUAUGAUAAGAUCAAGGAAAAAAUAAUAACAAAGUGCCAAAACGUGACUAUUUAAGUAUUGUUUUAUCAGCAAGCUACUGUGUUUAUCAGAAGUACACUAUAAAAAGAAAAUGUACAGACUUCGUGUUGCUCGUUCAAAUGCUGUGUAUUUGAUUCCGUGUUCUCCACAGAGAGAUUGUAAAACAUAUUUUUUUACAAUCAGCCGUAAGUACAGAGUAUGUCAAUAAUAUAAAGACUUAUGAAUGACUCAUGACGUUAGAUUAUAUGUAAAUGUUGUUUCGAUUUAGCUUUUAGACAGUGUAUUCUUAUUGUCAUGCGAAUGGUUUAUAACUACAAAGCCAAUUUAAACAAACCAAGGAUUGUCACACACACACACA